AUGGCGCCCGCCAAAUCCAAGCGAUCUCGAAACCGUGCUCCAAGCAAAGCAGACUGGGACCGCAUCAGAGAACCUUUUAAUCAAUUGUAUUACCGCAAGGAGCUUCCACUGCCCGAGGUAGCUAAGAUACUUGCAAAAGAAUACAAUUUCGUAGCAGGGCUGUCGAUGUAUAAAACCCGGUUGAAACAGAGACAGCUGGGAACAAGGAAGUACUUCAAAAAGGGAGAAUUGGCCCCUGUUGCAAAGAUUCUCCAAAUCUUUGCACUUGCCGGGUUGAGAACGCCCACCGCGGUUCUUGAUGGCCACGAAGUCCCGACACGUCGUGUGACGCGCCAUUUCAGAUCCUUGUUGGCUCACAAUACAAUGCGGGACUCGACAACCGCCAGGCCAUCUCCAGAGAGGGCCUGUCUGCACAUCCUGAAAACCUUCCAAGAUCGGAAUUACGAUGCAAAAGCUGAGCGUCGUCAUGGACAAGUGACCAUGACAAAGAUCUUUUUGAAACAGUCCCAAGACAUGCACGACCUCGAGUUUGCGUUGAUCCAAGUCAACAAUUACUACUCCUGGCGACUUCACCAAAGCGACGACUACUUCCUACUACAGACCGUCAACGCCAGCCAGUGUGCCCACUCCAACGUAUUAGAUCCAGUCCAAUUCUUCAACGCCGUCACAGAUGCCAUAUUUGCUUGUCAAGGAAGAGAUUUGCAUACCAGCCGGGCUGCAAUGGGAUAUAUUCGUCGCCAAGCACCGAUAGUACUGCAGGGACAACAUCCAACGUUGCUUGAGCGUCUGAUAUAUGAGUGCAUUCGGCUGGAGAACCCUCACAGCAGUCGACUGAGGUGCGGGGUAUAUUCUUUCCUUCUCAGUGUAGCCAGGACCAUUCUUCAAGAAAGCCAUCCCGUAUCGAUGAUUCUGAAAGUGCUCCACAGCCCCGAGACAGAACAAAUGUCAGCAUUACUGCUGUUGGAGAUGAUGUGUGAUGUUGCCCGGAGACAAGAGGAGCACGAUUCGGAGCUGGUCCUCGUUUUCGAAUUUGAUAUAGCCAGGGCCAUUACCAAGCAUGAGGAUUUCAAUACAGCCAUGGAAUGCUGGUAUCGUUUGCUGCAGGGCAGUGUGGACACAUUGGGCGAAAAGCAUGUAUUCUGCAGAGAAGUGCUGUACCAGAUUGGAUAUGUCCAUUAUCGUCACGAGUUCAACAACCAGGCAAGGAAAUUUUGGUUACAAGUUCUGGAGCUAGAUGAUGCCCUCACCCAAGGUGGUAAUGACGUAGCAAUCAUUACCAUCGAUGCUAUCGAGUGCCUUGGAUGGAUCUGUGAGAAGUCGGAAGACUUUUCAGGGGCAGAGGAGUGGUAUCUCAAAGCUUAUAAUGCUGCUUGUCACCACUGGGGCCCGGAGGACACCACAACACUGACCUAUCUUCACGAACUGAAUCGGAUGCGGGCAACACUGGGAGGGAGCGAGAAUGUGUCUAGGGUCGAUCAUGCAAGUGACGAAGAUGUCUUUGAGAAUCUUCAGAUGGAGAUCGACCGACUGCAGUUGCGAGUUGAAGGAUCCGAGAACCUCGAGUUACACGCUGAGCCAUGGAACGAGUGGGACAACGAUGUCGUUGGUGCGAAGAACAACACCAAUUCUUUGAACCGCAGGACCACGGAUGUUGCGACGCCUACCAGCCAAACACCCGGUCAGGAUGGCCAUCAGAAUCGCCGAGUCGAGUUCGCAGACGCCAAUAACAGGACAUCUCAUGAUUCCGGACCAUUCUGGGACGUCACAAACGACCUUGGAUCUCGGACCGAUCAUGGACCCUCAAAACCUACGCAGCCAUUGGAAGGCCUUGCGCUGGAUGAAACGGGUUUGAUGUCGCCUUUCUCGACUGGAGUGUACGGACUGGGCAACGACACCCUAGGAGCAUUCAUGCCUGAGAAACCCAGUCUCCCAUCUUUGCUACCGGCAAGUGGGCAAGGUCUUAUCACUGCGUUGCCAUACAUUGAGACUCUCCCCACACUCAUGGACGACCCUGAAUUCCAAGAAUGCGACGACGCUGAAAAUACUGGUGGCGACUUCGCUGCUAUUGACCCAAUGACCCUCGAUCCCGAAUUCCAAGAGUUCGUCAAUACCGGGAAUACGGGUGAUGCCUUUGACACUGAUCCAAUGUUCCUCGAUUUCGACGGCGACUUCAACUUCAGCACCCUGGAUACUGAGUUCUCCGACGGACGCGACCUGCAAAUGUACCACGCGAUAGAAGGCCAGGACCAAUACGAGGAGCAAGAUUUUUUUGCAUUGUGA